AUCAAACUGUACCAGCUGACCCGCCUGCUGCACGACCAGUACAAGGACCUGUACGAGCACUUUGAGAUGCACGAGAUCUCGCCCACGCUGUAUGCGGCCCCGUGGUUCCUCACACUGUUUGCCUCACAGUUCCCGCUCGGGUUUGUGGCCAGAGUGUUCGACAUGAUGUUCGUGCAAGGUAUUGAUGCGCUGUUCAAGGUGGCGCUCAUGUUGCUAGGCAACCACCGCGCCCUCAUCCUGCAAUGCAACUCGUUUGAGAGUACGGUGGACUUUCUUAAGACAACCCUGCCUGAGAUGGUGCAAGUACAGAUGGAGCGAAUCAUCAACCAGGCAUUUGAACUUGACAUCAGCAAGGAACUCCAGGCUUAUGAUGUGGAGUACCAUGUCCUGAGUGAAGAGAUGUCCUUCUCUCCCGCCCUCUUGCCACACCACCACCACAACCACCGCAACAGCAACAGUCACCGACACCACAGCCUGCCGCAGCAGCACAACAGCCCGUCCUUGCAGCACCAGGCCAUGCAGCAUGUGCACCACCACCACCACCACGCUCACGUGGCUAAGAGCUCACUCGAGGACAGGCCCACGCGUCUGGUCGACCGGCGAAGGUCAUCCAUCGACAUUGAGAUGUUGUCGAGGCUGGAACAGCAAAACCGAGGGUUGAAGCAGCAAAAUAUGGAUCUGUUAGAGAAGUUACAGCAUUCACAGUCUCAACAGCGCAGCUAUGAACACAGCGUACACGCCCAUCAGAUAGAGCAAGACAAACUGCGCUCACAUGUGCGCACCCUUGAACUGGAACGUGCCGCGCUGCUCAGUGCAGUGGCCAAGCUACGCAAACUGGUGCCUCGAGCUGCCCUGCAGAACCUCCACCUGACUCUGCCACAACUGCCCCCCACCACACCAUCCCCCACGUCCAGUAGCAGCUCACCAGGGUUUCCUGGAAGCGAACCGGAGAGUGUGGGUCCCUCAGAGGAGGGCAUUCUGUCUUCUAAUGUUAGGGGAGAUGUCGAAGCUCCAGACGGUGGUCAGAAAAGUGAGUCAAGAGACGGAAACAUGGAAAAAGCUUCCGCUACUUUCAUUGGAGAUAACAGUGCAGGGGGUCUGUUUUCAAGCGAGGAGAAUACUGGUGACUUAAGUGCAAAGCCCUGCUCUAAUGUUGAAGGAUCAUCUGUCAACACGUUAUCUGGUGCUUCUGCAGAGGUCUCGUCUCAGAGAGGACUCUCGUCUCAGACGACCCCGUCUGGUGCUGCCACUACGCCCACAAUCGCUCGUCGCCCACGGGAACUGUCGGAUAAAAAUGUUUUAUCGUCCUCGUCCGUUGUGUCCGAGUCUUCUCUGUCAGAGCAAUCAGGCCCUUGGUCCACUCCUUCAAUGCAUUCCUCUUCUACUGGGGCCGCCCAGUCCCGUAAUGCGCCAAGGGGCUCAGGUCACCGUGAUGAGGACAACAAACCUGCAGGGCCCCGAAGUCUGCCACAUGAUGCCGCCGGUUCAGGGAGAUGAUGAUGUUCCAUACGUUUCGCUUAGUCGAUCACCUCAAGCCUUUUCCUUCUCAUCUGCUGAGAGACCCAGCCACGCCACACACUUUCCAAUGUAUAGAAACUUUUGUUAGUCUAAUAUGUGUUUCUAGCAGCUGAUGGUACAGAAGUUGAGGCUCACAUCAGGUUAGUUUGAUGUCCAUGGCAUAUACCAAAACUGUUAUCUAGCGGGAACACUUUUUCCUGCUGUUAAAACCUCAGAGCCAGAAUCUGGCAUGUGGAGACCAGUUUUCUGACCUUCAAAGAAAAAUAGGAUCUAAUCUGCUGUGAUGUGCUUUAACUCCCCUGGAACUUGUUUUUAAAAAUAGAAAAUCAGCAUUUCAUAUUUGCUUUUGAUUAUAAUAAUGUAACAAUUAUUUGAUGGGUUUUUUUUGGUCGAAUAUUACUUCAAAAUUUAGCUAGGUCCAUCAAUGAAAUAAUUGUUACUUUAUACAUGUGAAAAAGCUAAUUCUAAAGUUCUGUAAAAAAAAAAAUUAAAAUUGGAGGAUGUAGCAUUAUAUCAGCCAUCAACAGUGAUACUCACCAAGUGUCAGUAAACCAGUUUUCCCAAAACCAGCUCAGUUAAGCAGCUCUUGAUGAAGAGUUUGCUUGUGUAUUUAGCGAGACUCAGAAACUGGCUCCAUUCUAACCAACUGUCUGUAGCUUUUUUCCUAUGCUGCUGUUUGAAUGAGCAUCCCAGUAGGCCUACAUAUGAUUCUGAGUCAAAUUGACUUUUUUAAUGAUUUAAUUGAAAUAGAAAUGCCCAUAUUAACUAUGUUAACUUGGAUUUGGUAUUUCUCUAUUUAACACAAAGAAAAAUGUCAUUGAGAAUGGCCAAUUUUAACAGAAGUUAUGGCUUACAAAGAUUUUAUUCCCAUUUGCAAUGAAAUUUCAUUUUGCUGGUCUAGGUUUUAAAUUGCAUAGCAGAAUGAUUAUCAGUGCCUGUUGGGUUCUUUAUAAUGGUUUUGUAAUGCUUGAAAAUGUAUGCGUUCAUAAUUUAAAAAGCCAGACCCCCUUUUACUACUGUAGUUAUGUGAGUGGGGAGUUUGGAGAUAUGUGUGCAGAGAAAGUAAAAAAUGAGAAAAAGUAUCACUUUUAUUCUUCCAUGUUGGAACAGUUGUGUUACAAUGCCUGUACAAUGCAAUCAUAACAGGGCCCUGAGGUUACGUCAGUAUCACAUAGUACACAGUAUCACAUCAGUACAGUUACCAUCACUCCACACUGGAUCGCUAACAACACCAUCACUCCACAUGUCGUGUUGCUGCUCCCCACAAUGAAACUAGCUGUUUUUGAACCAGGGUGUUGUUGUCGUGCUCAAGGAGGCAUCCUCGUCACCACCUGUGUUUCCCAGUGAACACUGUGGAAAGUUUUAUCUAAACCUCUAUUUGAUAUAGUUUCAUACUUGAUUUGAGGGUGGCUAGAUUUUCCUUCUUAGGGGAGCAAAAUCUACCGUUUUGGCACAAUUCGAUAAAAUUUUCUGAAACCUAACAUGUUUGAACUAUCGUCUGUGGUGUAGUGGUUAGGCACUUUGCUCUCAUAUAAGACCCAAGUUUGAUUCCUGAAAAGGGGGGGGGUAAUCUUUUAAAAAUUUUCACUCUAUUUUGAAUGUUGGGUUGUCAUUUUGGAAAAAUUCAUCCCUGGCUUAAGUUGAAAUCGAACAUUGUAUCCGUACUGUUUUGUUACUGUGAAUGAAUGUGGGGAUAUUUUGGCAUCAUUUGUUGUUGCUGUUUCUGUUUUUUGUUAUUUUUGUUUUUUGGGUUUUUUUUUAGGGGGGCAGGGGAUUUCAGAGUGUGCUUUGGUUCAUUUGACUUGAACAUCAUUUUGAUUUAUGGUAUUAAUUCUGUGUAUGAAUAUAUUUUGUUGUUGAUAACAUAUGCGUGAACUGAUGUAGGCCUAUACAAAGCCCAAAUCAGAGUCUCAUUAAUUUUGCUUUUUGCCUAAUAUGAUACAAUAGAUUGUCAGCGUUUCUGAAUUUGAUUCAUUUUUGACAAUGUUCAUCUUUCUUCCAGGUAGACUGUGUAAGUCUUCUUACACUUAGCUUUUCAAACAGCUGGUGUCGUAUUCUAGUGAUUGAGAAAAUUAUCAUUUCUCAUAUAUGUUUUUAGAAUUCUGAGAUUUUCCCAGAAUUUCUUGUUAAAAUAAGUGCUUGUUGGAAAUUCUUUCAGGAGAAUAGACUUUGUAUGAAAUUCAUAUUGUAAUUUUCUCCUUUUGAUGUAUUGUGUUCUUAUUUACCUCAAUUUUAUGAGGGGUUUUUUUUUCCUUAUACUGUUUCUUCAUUAGAUUCAAUUGUUGCGAAAAAAUAAUUGGUCUGCUUCUUAGUAUCUCAUACCCUCAUGUUUUCCCAACCAUUUCUGAUGGCAUCAAAAAAAGGGCAAGUGGAGGACUAUCAUUGGUGAAUUAUACGAUCAACUGUUUAGCAACAUAUCAGAAUGAGUCACUUGUCGCAUUAUGUCGAUAAAACACUUGUCGCAUUAUGUCGAUGAAACACUUGUCGCAUUAUGUCGAUGAAACACUAUUGCUAUCAAAUUAAAGAUCUGUUCAAGUCCCCUAUAAGUGGGUGAGAACAGUAUUAGUCUUUCCAAGUUGGGGAAUCAAUAAUACGCAGUUUUGAAAAAAUCAAGAUUUAGUCCCAUAUCUAGUAACUGCGACAAGCAACUCAUUUUUUCGUGUUGCUUCACCACUAGUGAGUUCCUGAUUUCGUUGCAGUUUUUGCCUCUUUCUUUCCGUACUGUGCCCAAACACACCCACAUCCUGUGUACUGUUAACCUAUUUGUGAACAAAUU